AUGUUGACGAUGGAGACGGAUUUGAAAGGCGGGAAUUUGCACGGCACUAUGCCGCCACAUCAUACGCUUCAGCACAGCUACGGGUCGCUCAGCGCGCUAGGCAGCAUGAUGUCCUUGCCUCAGCAGCAGCAGCUCCCACAACACCAGCAGAUGCAACACCACCAGCACCAACCUCUGCCUCAACACCAUACGCAAGCCCCGCCACAACACCAUCAACCGCCGAAUAAUAACAAUAACAACUCCAGCAAAACAUCUAAUGCUGAAAGAGUAAAAAGACCAAUGAACGCGUUCAUGGUGUGGUCGCGUGGGCAACGCAGAAAGAUGGCUUCAGAUAAUCCUAAAAUGCACAACUCGGAAAUAUCUAAACGUUUAGGCGCACAAUGGAAGGAUUUGUCUGAAUCCGAAAAGCGGCCGUUUAUUGACGAAGCUAAAAGACUUAGAGCAGUUCAUAUGAAGGAACAUCCGGAUUACAAGUACAGACCUAGGAGGAAAACAAAAACCCUUGCUAAGAAACAAGAUAAAUAUCCAUUGGGCGGUGGAGCACUACUGGGGGCGAGUGACGCACAAAGAGCGGCCGCGCCGUCGGUACAGCAGACACGAGAAGUGUACCAAAUGGCGCCAAACGGUUACAUGCCUAACGGAUACAUGAUGCAUGAUCCAACUACGUACCAGCAGCAAUCUUACGGAUAUCCGCGAUAUGAUGUUUCUCAGAUGCAGCAAAGUGGAUACAGUGGCAGUUACUAUGGUGGAGGCCAGAGUUCACCAUAUCUACAUCAACCAUCACCACCGGCGGCCUACGGUUUGGGCCCAACUUCCCCUACUGGUUACCCAAUGCCAGCUUCUUGUGCCUCGCAUUCACCUAGCGACUCGUCAGCCAAAUCAGAACCAGUAUCCCCUGGUCCCCCAGGAAUGAAACGCGAAUAUGUGUCGCAUGAACCUACAUCGCAGUUGAAGCGUGAGUUUGUGACGCACGGACAUCUGCCCCUUCAAACUCACACGCAUGAUCAAACGAUGCCCAUGAAAAGAGAAUAUGCGACACAGCCAGAACUUAAUCAAAUUAUUAGCAUGUACUCUCUGCCAGACGACCAACAGCGGUACACCGAGCGCGCCAUGUCGCUCAUCUGA